AUGGAGGACCUGGAUGCCCUGCUCUCUGACCUGGAGACCACAACCUCUCACAUGCCACGGUCAGGGGUUCUAAAAGAGCGGCCCCCAGAGCCCCUCACGUCUCCUCUGACACAGAUGGGGUCUGGGGAAUCUUCAGGAGCCUCUGGGGACAAGGAUCACCUGUACAGCACGGUAUGCAAGCCUCGGUCCCCGAAGCCUGCGGCCCCUGCAGCCCCUCCAUUCUCCUCUUCCUGUGGUGUCUUGGGCACGGGUCUCUGUGAGCUAGACCGGUUGCUUCAGGAACUUAACGCUACUCAGUUCAACAUCACAGAUGAAAUAAUGUCUCAGUUCCCAUCUAGCAAGGAGACUGCAGGGGAGCAGAAGGAGGACCAAUCUGAGGACAAGAAAAGGCCCAGCCUCCCUCCCAGUCCAUCCCCUGUUCUCUCAAAGCCUUCGGCCACCUCAGCCACCCUGGAGCUAGAUAGGCUGAUGGCCUCACUCUCUGACUUCCGUGUCCAGAAUCAUCUUCCGGCCUCUGGGCCAACCCAGCCACCAGUGCCAAGCUCCGUGAAUGAGGGCUCCCCCUCCCCACCAGGGUCCGCUGGCAAAGGCAGCCUAGACACCAUGCUGGGGCUGCUUCAGUCUGACCUCAGCCGCCGAGGCGUUCCCACCCAAGCCAAGGGCCUCUGUGGCUCCUGCAAUAAACCCAUUGCUGGGCAAGUGGUGACGGCGCUCGGCCGUGCUUGGCACCCUGAGCACUUCGUUUGCGGUGGCUGUUCCACAGCCCUGGGAGGCAGCAGCUUCUUCGAGAAGGAUGGAGCUCCCUUCUGUCCCGAGUGCUACUUUGAGCGCUUCUCUCCACGAUGUGGCCUCUGCAAUCAACCCAUCCGACACAAGAUGGUUACUGCCUUGGGCACCCACUGGCACCCGGAGCAUUUCUGCUGCGUCAGUUGCGGGGAGCCCUUCGGAGAUGAGGGUUUCCACGAGCGGGAGGGCCGCCCCUACUGCCGCCGAGACUUCCUGCAGCUCUUCGCCCCGCGCUGCCAGGGCUGCCAAGGCCCCAUUCUGGAUAACUACAUCUCGGCGCUCAGCGCACUCUGGCACCCAGACUGUUUUGUCUGCAGGGAAUGCUUCGCGCCCUUCUCCGGAGGCAGCUUUUUUGAGCACGAGGGCCGUCCGCUGUGCGAGAACCAUUUCCACGCGCGGCGCGGGUCGCUGUGCGCCACGUGUGGCCUCCCGGUGACCGGCCGAUGCGUGUCGGCCCUGGGCCGCCGCUUCCAUCCGGACCACUUCACCUGCACCUUCUGCCUGCGCCCGCUCACCAAGGGCUCCUUCCAGGAGCGCGCGGGCAAGCCCUACUGCCAGCCCUGCUUCCUCAAGCUCUUCGGCUGACCACCUGCCGGGCUCGCCCCUUUGGGAGAGGGCGGCCCCCAAAACCUCGCCCUUCCCGAAAAGACCGGGCUCUCCAGACCCCAAGGCCUUGCUCUUAGAGCGUGGGGCUCCCCCAGCCCAGCUCCGUGAGGCCCCACCCCCUGGAGGGACCGGCCCCGAAGGUACUGUACGUUCUCCAUGGGCGAGUUCAGAAAAAGCCCCGCCAAUCCUAAGGCCACGCGCCCCACGAAGUGGGUUGUACACUGGCAAGCGAUCCCGCGUGAGCCCUUCACUUUAUUCCCAGCCUUGAGGGAGCCCCCCGACUGGAGGAGGGCCCUUGCAAUUCCCACGAAUCCGAGGCCAGGCCAGGAUGUCCCUCUCCCCGCCCCUCACUGCUCAGUGCACUUUUUUCUACCUACAUAAACACACAUUCCACGUCA